AUGUCUCAGAGAAGAUACUACAGCACAGACAUAGCGACAUGUGCUCGCGCGUACUGGGCGGCCAAGAAGCCUGGGCGGCAGAUUAUCAUAAGCGACUCGGCGUUUGGCACCACCUGCAUGUCCAGCAGGAUUUACGCGCACGAGAAGAUCUGCGGGGUCCUGGUGCACAAAGACCUGCUGGGCGAGGAGCCGCCCUUUCCUAUUGAAACAGAGGUUUGCCUGCUUCGCCCAAGCGACUCGGCCGUGCGCGCGCUCGUUGACUCGGAAAGAUACGAAAGCAUCCCUUUUAUUUGGGUGAGCAUUAUAUACUACAAAGACGAAGGGGGGAGGGAAAUAAAAAUCCCGAGCACGCGAGAGGAGAUGGCCUACAGCAGGUCGAUUUCUCCCGAGGACAAAAUGACAGUGUACAAAAUGGGCAUGGUGUCCUUUGACAAAAACUUUGAAAGUCUGUCAGAGGGCUUGAAAAAAACCUUUUUGGACGUGUUUUCUGACAAGCAGGGCGUGCGGGAGUAUCUGGAGCACUUUGGCGGAGCACAGUACUUUUUUCCUGCAUGCCCGUGCAGCGAAGUGUCUCGGGCCCUUGUCCAGAGCUGCCCAAACAUAGUGGUCGACGUAUCUGGGCCCAGAAGCCCCCGCAAGGAAAACAGGGGGCAGAACGCAACUAAAAAGCCUGCGCAGGAGAGCCCCAAGGAGGACAGCGCCCCAGACUCUGCCAGAGAGACCCCGCCCUGCAAGGAGACCAGCUCUGGCACGGCCUCCCCGUGCACAAAUAAAUCCCCUUCUUUCAGCGACCCUGAGCCUGCGCCUUCUGUUUAUGUUAAUGUGUUUAUACUUAAAUUUCCGAUUUCUCCGAUCCCUUCUCGGCACAUACACUCCAUAAAGGGCGUGCUGUUCCACCUUCUGCACGUCCGCGUGUACGGACUGCUGUAUGCAUAUGUGUGGGCGCCCGUGCAGAUACCUCCCGGCACUCUGCACAGCUUGGGCAUUGUUUCCAUGAACGUUCUGUUUCACUGCGAGUUUUCAUUAUACAAAUAG